AUGGCCACGGACUUGCGGUGGAAGGACAGGGUGCAGGUUCAUCAGACCCCGGCCAGGGCCAUGACCAACAAUGUGGACAAGUUGAUUGACUCGUCCCUCAACAUAGGGUCCGAGUUUUUGCUCCAGCACGCCACCAAGUGGCGCGGACUCGAAUCUGGCCUCGAACUGGCCACCUCAGAUACGUUCAUCCGCGGACCAGCUAACUGCAAUGAUGGAAGAAGCGAACGCAUCGGAUCCAUGACAGCAGUAAUCCGAGUCAAGCUUUUCAUCUACUGGGUUGCACAGGAAAUUCAGCAAUGGCUGCAUUCCGUGGAGCUGGCAUUCGUCCUUCACGUGCAGAUCAUCUUUCAUGAUACUUCCGAGUCCUACUGUGUUCUUCAUCUGAUCAAAAAACAUCCUCCAACUGGACCAAACGAUCACCUUGUCCCCGUACUUCGAAAUCACCUCCAGACUUUGCUGAACUGUAUCAAUAUCAUCUUUUUGAACUCGUCGCAAUACCCCGUGCAAUCCAGUGUGAGGUUGAAGAAUCUCGCCAGGGCCAUGGCCUUUAUCCGAACGGUCGAGUCUCCGAUGAAGAAGAACCGGUUGUUGAGCUUGUUUGCGAAUCUGCGCUUGAGACACGAUCCCGAUUCUAUUUGCGGGAAAAUCUUGAGUUUGCAGUGUGGCAAUUCCCACUUGAGAUCACUUUUCACCGUGCCGUUGCUUUGA